AAAGUUGUAUUAUUUCGACUCGCCCAGGGAUCCUAUCCUAAAAAACUCCGUAAUUCUUACACAUUUUACGAUUUUCAUUACUGUAAAAGGGAACUUUAUAUGACAGUUGUGUGUCUACUUGAGUAUGCUGUUAUCAUCGAAGUUGUUGUAUUAAACAUGUUUACGUGAUACGUGAAAGGAAUCAGGUGGUUUUGUUUUUGAGGAAUUAUAAUUUGACUGUUUCGUGUGGCAUAUAUCUAUCUGUUUGGGAACCAAACAGAACUCAGGCUGCUCCGGCUGCUACUACUAGACGGGCCUCCUCCCCCAACAACAGCGGUACAGUGCAACCAUAGACUGAAGACCACUCACAAGCACACAAACAACUGUGUAAUUUGUAUUGCGGAAGAGGGGUGUAUGAGACAUCAUUUCUACCAUCAACUUUCAUUUUUCGCAAUUUUUGUUAAGAAAUAGAGGUUAUCAAAAUUGGCACUAUGAUGCGUUCAAUGCGAGAACGUUUAUCUUUCAAAAAGCGAGGCAGAAAACACAAGAAGAUAGUCAAUGAAGAUCCUGCAAAGAAAACUGUAGGUAACGGUUCACGUACCAUGGUAGAUGAUGGGGAGGUGGCCGGGACCCAACAAUUUGAAGCGACUUCACCUCAAGUAACGCAUACUAAAAAGAAGUCCAGGUGGUCAGUGAUUCUGAAACCAUGGAAGUGGAGGAAGAGGAAAAGCCAAAAAAAGAAGAGCAAGAAAGAAGCCGCUGCGGCUGCCACAGAAGCUGCAAAAUCUGCAGAAAAGGAGAAAUUGAUGCCGGAAGAGAAAGUGGAACAGACUGAAGGAAUUGCGGAAAAGGAAGAUGAUAAGAUUCAGACACCAGAAGAUUCCUCAGGAGAAGAUGGACAGAAGGCUGUAACGACACAAGUAGAAAUCAACCAUAUGUCAACUGAGAAAGAAAAUCCAGAUGAACAAGGAGGAGAUGACAGUGAGGCUGAAUCCACUCCACCGGAGAAACCUCCUCUAGACCCCUCAUUUAAGGGGGUUAAACAGAACUCUCCACCCCCACUGCCUGAGAAAAAGGGGGCAGAAGAUCAUACCGGUUCUUCAUUGAAACCGGUCCUCCCACCAAAGAAAGGAGGUGCAAAAUCAUCGCCUGUGUUACCAACCAACAUGAACAAAAGCACAGAUUCACCUCCGUUGCCGCCCAAGACAGGUAAAGCAUUUCAAAAUGGCAACUUAUCAUUCAAUAUGGAAACACCAAAUAAGGGCAUAGGAUUUACAGGAGAAAAGGUAAUAACACCAGCUGCAACAUGCAAUGGGGACAUACACAACAACGACAGUGACCUCAGUGAUUAUGAAAAUAAUAGGAAUUCAGAUAGAGAUGAUGAUUCCGAUACUGACGAUGAAAGUUACAAUAAAAGCUUUGCUGCAAAAGUAAAACGAAAUGAUAGCUUAGCUUUCAAGUUAAGUAAUAGGCCAGAAAAGAAGGCACUUCUUGAACGCAAUAUUAUCCAAGAUUCCGAUGAGAAAGAUUUCAAAGCAAGAAGGGAAAAUGUUGGCACAGCCUUGGUCAGACGGCUUAGUCAACGACCAUCUAAAGAAGAACUACAAGAAAGGAAUAUUUAUAGAGUUCCAAAAAGUGAUGAACAGAAGCAAAAAGAAAAGGAAGAGACAAAGACAAAACUUGUUAGAAAGUUGAGCUUUAGGCCAACAGUAGAAGAAUUAAGAAGACGGAACAUUAUUGGUUUCCAGGAGUAUGUAGAAGUUGUUGAUGCAGCUGAGUAUGAUAGGAGGGCUGAUAAACCUUGGACAAAGCUAACACCUCAAGAUAAGGCAAUGAUCAGAAAAGAACUAAAUGACUUUAAGAGUGAAGAAAUGGCUGUACAUGAAGAAAGUAGAAAAUUCACCAGAUUCCAUCGCCCUUGAUUUCUUCUUCAUUGAAAAUAUAUAAAAGACUUUUUAUUACUUAAAAGAUUGUGAAAUACUUGAAAAAAUUAUUGCAAAUUAAGAACUGUUGGACUUUGAUAUUGCUUCCAUUAAUUGUACAGCGCCCUCUUGAGUUGGGUGAUAAAUCAUCCAAACAGCAUUGUGACAAGCUUGAAGAGGAGUGCGUGGGUUUGGGUUUUUUUUAUCGUGCAUAUGGUUUUAUUGAAAUUCCUGUACGAAAAUUAUAAGCCUAGUGGUAAAUAGGCAUAUGAUGAAAAUGGUUUUGGGGUGUGGAUCUAAUAUUAUUUCAAAGUUUUAUAGAUUGCAAAUAUAAAAAUACACUAAGUUUCUAGAUUUAUCUUUAAGUUUGACUUGUUUAGUAAGCUAUGGUUUGCUGAUUAAGUUAUUAAUGAGCAUUUAGUUAAGAUUAAAGUUGCUAAUUUUGUUUUAAGAAUACAUUUGUGUGUCAUCCUGUUACACCUGCAGUGAAACACCUGCAAUGCAUCACUUUCAAAUCAACCCUUUUGGGUCGCUGUGCUAAAAUAAUUGAAUAAUAAUAUUAAUAGAGAAUAAUAUCAUUAAUAUUAUUACUGUCUUCAAUUAAAAUAAUUGAUUAAUAAUGGAGCUAAAAUAAUUGAAUACCGAUAAUACUAAUGGAAAAUAUUUGAAUAAUAAUAAUGGAGAAAAAUAUCAUAAAUAUUAUUAUUCAAAUAAAAUAAAUGGAAAAUAAUAAUAUCAUGCUCUAUCAUUCACUGAUCAUCAAUCUACAGUAAUCAUGUAGAAGAUAGGCUACAUUAUACAAUCAACAUAUUUACCUCUCAUGAAGGUCUCAAUUGAACAACUUCAUAUUGGUUCAUGUAUCAUCAUGAAUAACUAAUUAAGAGAGUAUCAGUGCUCAGUGACAACAUUAAUUGUUGCCUGUUAUUUUAACCAGUGAGUUUUAGCAUGUAGUAAAACCUUUUUUCUUAGUUUGGCUUGAAAUAAAUCAUGAUGAAUCCAAGAUAAUUUCUUGUAUAUUUUGAUCAAUUUGAGAACGACGACGAAUGCUUCAUUGUUUUAUUUGAGCUGAUUUAUUACUUACAUUCGUUUUAUGUUGUUUGCAUUUUUUAUGUAAUUUGCCAAGCUCGUGUACAUAAUUAAGAAUUGCAAUUUAUCACCAUAACUCUUAACACAAGGAUUAAAAGAAAUUUAAAUUGACCAAUCAGAAUUUGGUUUCUUUAAGUUGACCAUUUAUAGCAUGGUGAAUAUUUUUGAGAAGUACAUGUUGGUCUUUUAAAGAAUUUAGUAGUCAUGCUUAUGACAUUUCUUGAAAAGUGACCAAUCAAGGCUUGGAAUCAUGAGAAUUGGCCUAUCAAGGAUUGGAUACCUACACCUGAAGAAAUUGACCAAUCAUAUUUUGGUUAUUUCCAUUUAUGGUUUAGGAUAUUUCUUUGACAUAAUUCAUAUCAUUCCUUAUUAUUGGUCAGGUCCCAGAAGCCUUACAUGAGAUGAAUGUUACCCAAACAAUGGAAACAUUAAAGUUAAAAUCAGUAAACGUAUUGUGAAUUUAACAAAAAUGUUUAGCUGUUUAAUUCAAAGUUGUAGGGAUAUUCACAAUUUUGUGAGCAUGAAGUAAUGGUUGUUAAAUAUGGUGCAGUGUUAGAAUGCCAGUAUGUCUGCACAAUAUUGCAGGGCAAGUUUUAUACGGAAAAUGUAAAGCUGGGUUGAACAAGUAUCAUAUGUUUGCCUGUCAGACCAACAGCCAAAAUUUGAUCAGAUUUUGCCAGUGUGAAUGUGCUUCACACAUACCUGAUCAAACAAAUUUUGUCUAUAACCAUUGUCUAUUGGAAGUGUCAUACAUGCUGUACCUCAUCCUAGAAAGUCUGAUUUAGCAUUGCCUGUUGUGUCUGACAGACAAAUAUCUGAAUCUGUAUUCUGCCAAAAGGGACCCGAGAAGUGGAAUUGAUUUCCAUUGAUAAUGGAUUUUUGCGAAUCCAUUGAUACUUGGAACAUGUGCAGCCAUGUUUGUAAAGAUUAUUAAACCAGAAUAGUUUGUAAACAAAUAUUUGUUAGGACAAGGUAUAUAGUAUAAAUAUAUAUAUAAAUAAAAAUAUAUAUAUUCUCGUUUAUAUGCCAACUUAGUUGAACUUUUAUACUGUAAUUUUAUCAGCUUGUACAGAAUGUUAUGCUAAUUGUAUUUUAUAUGUAGCAAUUAUUAAUGCGAUUUCAUUAUUCCAAGCGCAAGUCUUGUCUAUUGCUGUUAUAUGGGGAUUUUUACCAGGUUUUGGGAUUGAAUUAUUAUUAUAUCAAUUAAUUUGUGUGUAUUAUGUAAUCAAAGUGUAAUCCAGUGUCUAUAAACUUUUAUCCAUAGUGUCAGUCCAGUUAGGUAGAGGGCGCUAAAAAUGAUACUGUAAUUAAUUUCUAUAUAUUUAGAUUAUUUUUGGUCAUGCAGUAAAGAGAAUUGUUUUUAUUUUUGAUUAUAUUGUUUGUGAUAUCAAAAAAUUGAUCCAAAGUUUAUAAACAUUUUAUCAGUAGUGUGGUCACACAGUCAUGAAGGACACUGCAUACGGUUAUUUUACAAUGUUAUGCUAAUUACAUAUAUUUUUUUCUCUUUGUUUUGGAUUAUUUUCAUCAGAAUGGAAGAGAUAUUGUAUUGUUCUAUCUUCUGAUAAAAUAUUCAAUUAAAAAAAUUCCCUACUUUCCAUCAAGCCACAUUAUCAAUAUCAAAAUAUUCAAUAGCUUUUUUUAAAUUGUAUUUCAGUUGCUGUUUUAUUACUUUAUAUUUUUGUUAUUAUUAACUACUUAAUAUGUUUAGAAUUUGAAUUUUCUCUGUAUAUUUUUAUGAAACCCAGGUUCUUAUACCAGUGAAAUGGUCAAAUUUCAGUUGUGGCUGUAUUCUAGUAUGUAACAAUUAGAAUGUGUGACCAUUUUUUAAAAUUAUAUUUAUUAAUAAUAACUCAUUUCUUUGAAUAAUACAUCAUAAUUGGACUAUUUUUUUAAAAAUGGCCAUCAUUGAAUGCUUAACAUAUGGCCAAAUUUGAAUACUGUAUCAAUGUUAUAAACAUAAAUUUUAAAGAACAUCUGUUUAAUAAAAUACUGAAUGGAAUUUAAAAAGGCAGGAUUUACUAUCAACAUUUAUUUUUUUAAUUACUAGUAAUUGAUCAUAACUUUGUACUUUUUUGGUUAUUUUUUUGUUAUGUUUACAUGUUUCUUAAGUUUUCAAGCUUUGUUUAUCACACUGGCUGCGUGCAAAUUUUCAUAUUUCUUGAUAAUGCUCCAAAGAUGAAAUGAUGAGUGAAAAAAGCAUUUUUUUUUGUUUGCGAUAGUACUUAUUUUUCUUUGUAUAUUUGAAUGAAUGUUUAAAUACUCCUGGUCUUGAAA